AUGUUGAAGGCGGCGUUGCAACAGUAUCCGAUCGAGUGGGGCCUGUCGUCUUCCGAAUGUGAAACGGCCACUCCCCAGCACGAGCUUCUGGGGUCCGGCUCCGAAGAUAGCGCGGUAGCAGACUCGGUCGCGGAGGGUUUCUACGUCUAUGGAGGCGACAUGAAGACCCAGAAACCGAAGUUUCGUCCGCCCCCGGGCUUAGGCAUCUCAGGCAACUCAGGGCCAGCCAUCUUGGCCACCAUACCGGAUUUAGCGAAUUCCACAAGUCCAAGAAAUCGCACCUCAAAGCUGCCCCCGUCCAUCGCUACUACCAUGGAUGUCGAACAGAAGCGGCUGAAUGCGGAGAUUGUGGAGGCAGGCAAAGCGCCUGCAGCCGAUGUCUGGUCGAGGAUCCUUGGGUUGGCAGAGGCCCACCUGGGCUCCAUGAACGCCAUCAACAUCUCCACGGCUCUGCACCGGCUGGCUCGUGCUUCCACGUCGGACGCCAGCAAGAAGCGGCGUCGCCAUCCGGUGCUCUUCCGUAUGUUGGAUGUGGCAGAGGCGUUUGCCGAGCGCCAGCUGCAAAACCGGGACAAGAGCAUGUCUGCAAACGUGAGCACCAUCCUGGCCUGGUCCUGUGCAUCCUUGCAUCUCUUUCGCAGCUCACUCUUCGCCGCGUUACUCAAGGUGGCUUCACGAGGUGUGGCGGAAUGCCAAUCCUAUGAGAUGACCAACUUGAUGUGGGCAGUAGCAGAGCUGUGCCGACGUCACGCAGACAUGGGCCAAGAGAUCAAGCCCGCCAUCCGGGAGCUUGUUCUUUGUGCAACGCCAGUGGUCUUGAAGUGGCAUCUCGAUACGUUCAACUUGAAGGUGCUGACUUCCGCACUGAUGUCCCUCGUGCAUUUUCCGCCCAUGGACGGUCUAGACCACAAGGUACUCAUCUCCAAGAUCGUGCUCGAGUUGGCAGUUCGUGACGAGGAACUGGCUUCGGAGAACAAGGUGAUUGCUUCCGCCUUCCAUGCCAUGUGCAAGCAACACCCGCAGAUUUACCGUGAUGUGGUUGCCGUGGCUGCAGUGAACUGCGCAGUGAAAAAUCUGUCGCAAGCCAACUGCCAUAUCGAUGCAUUAGAGCUUUUCUUGGCUGCUCUGAAGUUUGUGGAGCGGGUCGACCGUUCGCGGCGGCGCUCGGGUGGCAUCGCCAAAGACGAGGAGCUCAAGAUGAUUCGCAAGAGGCUCGCGGAGUACAACGAGCGGACCUCCAGCGUCCUGGGCGGGCGCCUCGAUCUCGCGUGCGACAAGGAGCCAUCGCUGGGCUGCCUUGUCACCUCGCCUUUCUUCGAUGCCAUAGCCGCGUUUGUGAUCCUCUUCAACUCCUUCGUGGUUGGCUGGGAGGUCGAGUGGGAUGCCGCCAACAGCCAGGAGAACUCUGUCAUACAGGUGCUCUCCUCCUUCUGCAACUUCUUCUUCCUCUUGGAGGUGUUGCUUCGGAUCAGCUAUUUCCGGUGCGACUUCUUCAUCAACCGCGAGCGCAGGGCGUGGAACAUCUUCGACCUGAUCCUGGUGGUGUUGGCCGUGGUGGACGAGAUCGCCGUGUUCACCCUGGGGUCCGACGCCUCCAGCAAGGGCGCGGUGGGCGCCGCGAAGAUGCUGAAGAUGCUGCGCAUCCUGCGCGUCUUCCGCGUCUUCCGUUUCUUCCGUCCGCUGGCCCGGCUGGCGCUGAUGAUCAUGGACUCUAUCCGCUCGCUGCUCUGGGCCAUGUUCAUGCUGGCGCUGAUCACCUACGUCUUCGCCGUGAGCUUGACAGCUCAGGCUUCACUGUGGCUCUCCGAGCAGGUGGACACCUCCCAACCCGGCUGGUACGCAUCCCUGGCCGAGCACAGCAGCCCCGAGGUGCGGAAGAUCCACAGCAGCUUCGGUUCCCUGUCCUGGACUCUUUACACACUGGCUCAGACGGCCCUCGCGGGGGUGAGCUGGCACGAGGUUUGCGAUCCGUUGCUCCAGGUCGGUUGGCUUCCUGUGAGUUUGCUUCUGAUCUACAUCUCUUUCACUCUACUGGCAGUUCUCAAUGUCAUUACAGGCGUCUUCGUGGACAACGCCUUCCGCUCUGCCGACAAGCAGCAUUCCGACAUCAUUCAGAAGGAGGUGGACAAGAAGGAAGAGUGCAUCUCCCUGAUCCAAGCCUUCUUCAAAGCUGUGGACGUCAACCACAACGGGGAGAUCUCCUUGGAUGAGUUGGGCUUCUUCCUGGAUGACGCCACAAUGGAGGCCUUCUUUCGGACUUUGGGCUUCGACGUCUAUGACAAGCACCGGUUCAUGGAGCUCUUGGAUGUCGACGAUUCCGGGGAAGUCAGCUACGAGGAGUUCUUGGAGGGAUGCAUGCGCUACAGGGGCGUGGCGCAGGGAGUGGAUGUCCACACCGUCAUCCGCCACCUGGGAAGACUCCAGAACUCCGUCAGCGCUCUCCACGAAGACUUGGCAGAAUUGAAGAGCCCCUCCAAGCCCUGGCUCUUCAGUGUUGCUGGCGCUGGUGGCGGCACCGUCCCAAUGCGGAUGCAGCGGCCGGUGGUGGGACUGUAG